AACAGUAAAACAAUAAUGGGUUCCAAAUGUUCAAUCCUCAACGAUACUGAACAUGAUGUAUGGAUAACACACGGAAUAAAUUGGCCGUCUUUUGCUGCUGUUGUUAAUUUCCUGUUAUCUCUAGCUACGGUGGGUACCAGUGCAGUAAAUAAAAAUGCGGGCAAGGCAGUUGUUGUUUUCAAUGGUUUAAUUGGAAACCUUCUACUUUUUGGUAUGAACGAAUCUGAGAAGAUCAAAACAGAUAGGACCUUAGCGGAGUUGAUCAAGCCUGGUAAAAAGUACACAUGGUCUGGUACCCUAUCACUCCACAUGCGUGUCUAUGUUAUGAAUGACAAGUUGCAGCUUGACGAAAGAGUGUGUUUUACUGGUCCCACUGCAGACUCUGAGAAUGUCUACCCAAUUUCUACGUACUUUAAAAAGUUAGACGUUACGACCAACAAGUAA